UUGCCAGGUCUUCAGCCGGUAACAGAUGCUUGUCUCGGAUGUAUCUGCGAGGCUGUGUCUGGAUGUAAACAGGGUCUGCAGUGUGAUGGGGACUCCUGCGGGCUCUUCCGCAUCACUUGGGCAUAUUGGGCUGACGCUGGGAAACCAACGUUACCGGGAUAUUCACCGGAUUCACCCGAUGCGUAUCCUAAAUGUACCAACGACCCACACUGUGCUGCAUUAGCUGUUCAAGGAUACAUGAGGAGAUUUGGACAAGACUGCAACAACGAUGGCGUUAUCAAUUGUUACGACUACAUGGCGAUCCACAAGAAGGGAGGGUACGGAUGUACUGGGGAGCUGCCUUUCCAAUACGUGAAUGUGUUCAACCAAUGUGUAGCUGCCGUCGCCUUGAAACAACAACAGGGAAAGUAA